CGGCUGUUGUGAUAAGACACCAUUGCGGGACGCUCUUUGUCCACAACACCACCACAACAAACCCUUGCUGCUGGCAACCCAACAACACCUACUUCGUACUUUUGUGCACAGCAAGUGGCCUGAAGCAGCUCGGGAGGGGCAACACGCAUCAUGUCGUCGCGGCUCAAGGUCGUCCGCAUCGCCAACAAGCUCCUCGCCCCGUCCCCGUCCAGCAUCACGCCCUCCUCGCCCAACCUCCCGUGGACGCCCCUCGGCGGCGCCUCGCGCGAGCAUCUCUUCCACGAGCUCGAGGCGCUCUACUGGGACGGCGUGGCUUCCGAGCUCGAAAACAUCGUGCGCGCGCUCCACGCCUGGCACCAUGCGCAGCAGCAGCCAGACUUGGCGGACGUGACGGUCGAGGACGAGGACGACGACAAGGUAUACGGCUUCGACACCUUUCUGGACCAGGUCAGUGGGGAGGCAAGGGAGAGAGUCAUUCGCGAGUUUCACGCUCGAGCAGAGAGCAGUCGCUAUGGUUUCGACCCUCCGACCGUGUAUGAGGCUGCGCUCAGCGACGUGAUUCGCGAGCGCAAGGCCGAACUCGUCAGCACGCAUCUCAAGGCGUCUGUGAGAAAGGCACUGGAAGCGGACACGCCCACGCUGAGCAGACCGCAACAACGUGCGUGGAUGCUCCUCCAAGCAGCGGGCCUCCUUGACAUUGACAAGCUUAUUGAGCAUCGUCCGCCCCCCGAUGGGUUGCGCUACACAAAGAGGCCCGCCGUGCCUCAGUUGGCGCCGGCCAAGUUUGACAAAGAUUGGGUUCCCAAGUUUGCACCUCUUCGCUGCUCAAGACCCAACUGCAAAGCCCCCAUCUGCGGUAGUAUGUAUAAGUCUCAAGGUAAAGAGGGCGAACCGUCAACCAUCUGCGAAGACUGCUACUGGCGGUUCCACCACGGGCGCCCCUCCUCAUCCUCCUAUGUCAAGUCCUACAAGCACUGCGUCCUGCUCGAGUCCGUCUCCCCCGAAACGAGCAGGAGCAUCUGCCUCUGCAGGGACGUGGCCCACCUCGACGCCGGCGGCAAGCCCGUGAGCCUGUUCCCCGUGGGCAGGACAGCGCAGCACGUCGACGUCGCAGGCCCCGGGACGCCACAGUGCGGACUGCUCAAGCUCGGCGAGGCCGUGGCGUCGGCCAAGUACAGAGGGCUGGAGGAGCUUGCUGGCCAAAAGGGCGUCAAGGUGCUCAAAGAGGAGGAGAAGCAAAAGAGGCGCAGCUACAAGACGGGCAUCGAUGCCGCCAGAUUCGAAGCCCUGCUCCAGGAGGGGCCCACGGACCCAGGCAACGACAACGACGUGUCGUCGUUUAUCAGACAGUUCGCAGACCCAAAUCCGUUUGGCCAUGUGCACAUGUCUCUCCGGGUCGGGCCCUUGGUCGUCGAGAACGGGGUGGCGCACACGAAAGGAGGCGCGCGCAUCAGUCUUCGUGAGCUUCCCGUCUUUCAUGAAAGGGCAUGCCAGCGGGCGGAUCGCGUGCUCCUCGUCGACGGGACGCCGAACAAGGGGCUCUGGAAGAGCAAGCAGCCUGCCACGCAGCCUAAACGAUACAAAGCCAUCAUGAAGCAGGUGGUCGGCCUUCCGUUUAGCGGCAUGUUACCACACGAUGCCGAGCUAGAAAUUGUCAAGGACCUGCUGGAUGCGAGCGAGUCCAUGAAUGACCGGCCAGACACCAAAGAAAAGGACGGCGGAGCGUCCCACAUUCAGGCCGCCAUGGAGAAGCUCAAAGCCAUCAUCGGCAGUCGAGCGAGGACAUACCUGCGGCACGUUGCAGACGUGCUAACAAGCCCAUCCACCAAUCUCACAUGGAGCCCCAAGCAAAAUAACUGCCUCACAUUCUGCAACAAAAUCGUCGACACGGACCUCUUCAGACCGCUCGUCGGGGGCGAGCACCACACCGAUGACAAGACGACCCAGCCGCUGUACCUCUUGAGCUUCGUCUGCCCAGAGAGCGGGUACCUCAAGCCCAGCGUCAGGACAAAGCACGACGUGCCGAGCGGCCUGACGGAAGACUACCUGCGGCGCUUCUACUUUGGGCGCCACCACGACGGCGUCGACAUGCUCGACUCCCUCCAGGAGUACUGGUACGACUGGGGCGCGUUCGGCGGGCCGCUGUUCCGCAACCUGGACAUGUUCCCCUGGGACUGCACCGAGGCGUACGGCAGGUGCCCGACCAAGUGCGGCGACUGCAACCUGGCCAAGCAUCUCUGGGCGUUCCCCUUUGACUCGUGGUCGGCGACGGCGCUGCACCUCGCGCGCGGGCCAGACAUGUACGCACCACCGGCGGCGGCGGCGGCGGCGGUCGAGCCGCUCCCGUCAGCCAGCGGGCCGUCCGCCGACGCCAACGAGUCCUGGGCACGCAACCGGCUGUACGUCCUGGCCGCGUCGUCGAAGCUGUACCGCGGUGCCGUCGCCAUGGCACGCACGCCGCUCUUCUGUCGGACCACGGCCUGGCUUCACAAGACCAACGAGGGGCUUCUCGAAAUGCGUCCCUCCCUGGCGAGGGUACGCAUGGGCGGCAUCCAUCGCGCCCAGCCGUUCAGCCACGACUUCGACACGGGGACGCACGCAGACUUCUUCCUCGCGCCGUGGGCGCUGCUCCCGCGCGACGAGCAAAUCGCCGACUACAAGAAGCUGCGCGACGCGCGGGCCGCGCUGGCAGAUGUGGACAGCGACGCCGCGAGCGCACGCUUGGUGCAGCAGCCGUUCCGGAAGGCGACGAAGGCGGCGCGGGACUUUGGCGGGUUUGGCGGGAACCGCUCGGGCGUGGUGCCCCCGUACAGUACCUACAGCUCCCACACGACGACGACGACGAACAACGCCCAGAUUAUAUGGAUUGCGGACGCGGGCUUCACCCCGGACGCGUGCGACGCGGAGAGAGGCACGGGGGCGUGCGCGGGCGAUGCGGCGGGGAGCUCCGAGAAAUGA